AUCAGUACCGCGCUCGUAUCGCAUUCGUUUGCUGGAGUCGGAGCGCGCUGCGGGGCGACACUGCACCGCCAAGGAGGACGCACAAGCACGGUAGAGGGGGGACUAGAGAAAAGGAAAAAAGGCAGAGAAGGUAGCUAACAGGGGAGACUCAUAAGCUAUCCCCUCAUUUGAAUACUAGAAGAAAAUAUAAAAUUGUCGGACCUUUGGACAUAAGAAGACGAGGCGGAAAAAACCAGGCGAUUAUAUUUUAGCCAGCACGGCGGGGAAACAAUGAAGGAUCGUACACAAGAACUACGAAGUGCUAAGGACAGCGAUGAUGAUGAAGAAGUUGUCCAGGUUGACCGGGAUCACUUCAUGGAUGAGUUCUUCGAACAGGUGGAAGAGAUCCGAGUCUGUAUAGAUAAGCUGUCAGAAGAUGUGGAGCAGGUCAAGAAGCAGCAUAGCGCCAUCCUGGCAGCGCCCAACCCUGACGAAAAGACCAAGCAGGAGUUGGAGGACCUCACAGCUGACAUCAAGAAGACAGCCAAUAAAGUUCGCUCAAAAUUAAAAGCAAUCGAGCAGAGCAUUGAGCAGGAGGAGGGGCUGAACAGAUCAUCUGCAGACCUGCGAAUUCGUAAGACACAGCACUCGACGCUGUCACGCAAGUUUGUAGAGGUGAUGACCGAGUACAACACCACGCAGUCCAAAUACAGGGACCGCUGCAAGGACCGUAUCCAGAGACAGCUGGAGAUCACUGGGAGAACAACCACCAACGAGGAGCUGGAGGAUAUGCUGGAGAGUGGCAAGCUUGCCAUUUUCACCGAUGAUAUCAAGAUGGACUCUCAGAUAGACAAGCAGGCUCUGAAUGAGAUUGAGACCCGACACACUGAGAUCAUCAAGCUGGAGAACAGCAUCCGUGAGCUGCACGACAUGUUUGUGGACAUGGCCAUGCUGGUCGAGAGCCAGGGAGAGAUGAUUGACAGAAUUGAGUACAACGUGGAACACUCCGUGGACUUUGUGGAGCGGGCGGUAUCUGACACCAAGAAGGCUGUCAAAUACCAGAGCCAGGCUCGCAAGAAGAAGCUCAUGAUCAUCGUCUGCUGUACUAUUUUGGGAGUCGUCUUGGCAUCCACUAUCGGCGGAUACCUGGGCUUUUAAUGACGACAACGACGAAAGGCGGCCACAAGAGGAAAAAAAAACACACAGAGAGAAAAAUAUCAUAUACAAUAUCAGA